UUGGGGGUUUCUGACUUCCUGCCAGCUGGGUGUGUCAGCGAGGUGCUUCUUGCUGGAGCCCCUGUUUGGAACUUGCACCUCACCAUGGUGCCAGGGGAGGGAACCCUGAAGUAAUCAGAUCUGGUCAGAUAUAGAGGUGGCCCUCCAGGCCCUCUGCUUGGGCCAAGCUGAUGUCCAGAGCUUUGUACACUCAGGAAGGACAGCUCAGGGCCUGUCCCUGGGGCACUUUCACCUGAGGUACAGACCAACUGUUCUCUUCCCAAACUCCACAUGACCAAUGGACCUCCCAGAUCUGAGACCUCAAAGGCCCUUCUUCUGUCAACCACCACCAUGAUAACAGGGCUAACAGUUAUUGAAUUCUAUGAUCCAGCCACUUGAUUUAAUUUAAGCAUUUGAUUAUCACAACUUCCUAUACGGACGACGGUGAUCUCGACCCUCUGACACGUGGGCUGGUCCAGGCCAGCGGCAGGAGGGAGCCUGAUGAGCGCCCGGAGCGCCCAGGCAGAUGCCGCCCCCAGAGACGAGCCAGGGACGCCCCGCCCGGGCGCCGGCGGGCCGCGCCCCGGGCCGACUGUCGGGCCUGCCGUCGCCCGCGCUGUUCUGCGCCUGCGGCCUGUGCGUGCUGCUGGCGGGCGUGAACGUGACGUUGGUGGGCGCCUUCGCCUCCUUCCCGCCCGGGCACAACGCGCCCCUCAUCGUGGGGCCGGCGCUGCUCCUGCUGGCGCUCGGCUUCUUCGCGGCCUGCUGUGCGUGUAGCCGCCGGGGCCCCGCGCCCCGCACGCGCUCGGGAGUGGCCGCGGGCCCGGGCCAGGGUGGCGGCAGCGCGGGGCGGGUGGCCCUGGAGAUGGAGAGCAGCGAGCGCACGGCGCAGGACACCACGGCGGUGCAGCUCAGCCCCGUCGCCUCGGCCGCCUCCUCGGGCCGCUCCAGCCCGGGCCCCGGGCCCUUCUGCCUGGACGCCCCCGAGCCCGCCGUCCUCUACACGCCACGCACCGAAGGGGUCCGGCUCAACAUGCCCCGGGAGCGCGCCGCCCCCUAGCGGACCGGGCGCCUGGCCUUGAGGCCCCUGUCCGGUUCCCUCGGUUCAGUGCCCUUUAAGGAAAAAGGAGGAGGCGAAAGAAAGAAAAGAAAAAGGAAUUUUUAGUACGGGUCGGGGGCCGGGCACAGGUAUUCUCAUCUGUUCAAUCUCUGGAACCGCUGAAGAGGUGAAGGGUCGAUGGUGUCAAGGUACAUCCCCCAAAGGAGGGAGCAGUACCUUGGCUCUUUAGGUGGAGUUUGCUGGGUCCUGCUUACCCCACUCCCCAGACUUGAUGACACUGGGUCCCUGGGCCUUCCAGCCCUGGCACCACCACUGCCCGUGGCAUUUGGGCGCUGUGAAGGGAGCCACUCUGAGAGGGGCUAACUGCCAGCAAGGCCUGUGACCCCAGGGGAUGGGAGAGAGGGGGAGACAGGAAUGUCAGCCUGGGGUGUUCUGAUGCUGCACGCUGUGAAGGGCUGCCAGCUCCCCCUCCUCCCCUUCCUCCCCUUGUCUCUACCCUAACAUGACCUUUUGGGAUUAAGGGGAGAGGGGUCCUGAUUUGAGCCAGCAUAGUCCCUAAGGUAGAUCUGGGUUGGGCACACUCCACCCCUUCUGCCAACUAGAGCAGGGGGGUGAGGAGGGGCCGACGAGUGGUGAGAAGCCUCCGCCGACCCUGAAGGUCUCAGUGUGAUCCUCACCAAGCAUUCCCAAUGUGCCUCGCUUUUCAAUAAAGCACCUUUGGAGUCAAGUCCUCUGCGGGGUGCAGCCUGGGAGGGAGGAGCUGACUAUGGGGCCUCUUGGCUGAGCACCCUGGACUCUGGAGUCAUCCCAGCCUCUGGCCAGGGCUUCAUCAUCACAGCACCAGCCCCUCCUGGAGACCUGGAAGGAGGCCCCAGGGGAGAGGAGAGUGUGACUGAACAAAAGACCAUCUGAGACUGUGGGUGCCUGUGAAGGUCCGUGAGAGCAGGUGUGUCAGAUGGGGGCUGGAUGAACAUGCGAGUGUGCCUGUGGGUGACAGUACCUGGCUACGUGGAUGAGAUGAGGACGGUGGGAGUAUUUGGGUGACACUGUUUGACAUAACACCUGCUGUGGGAGUGUGGGGGUGGUUGAGAGCUGGGUCACUGGGUGGGAGUGGUGGGAGAAGAAGGGCUCCCCAGGGCUGAACAAAGCCUAGACGUUUCUCCUGGCCUGUCUGGGCUUGCAGUCUAGGCUCAACCUGUGUUCUCUCCGGGGGUAAGGGCAUCUGGUAGAGGGAUGGAGGCUGCCUUGAAAGAAGAAACAAAGGGGUUGGGGACUCAGGAAAGGCACUGUAACAGAGCCAGACCUUCUCACUGCAGGGACCCAGGCAAACAGUGCCCAGUCACUGGCCCACCACCCCUUGCUGGUCAUGAUUCCCAGGCCAUCUACCCUUGGCUUCAUGAGCCUCUUUUCUUUCUAGGGUGGGCUCUGCUGCUCUUCUGCCCAGGCCCAGGCACUUCCCACCAGCCCUGGGGUUCUGUCUCCCUUCUUCUAAACCCUCUCUGCCUCGCCCUCCACUGCUGUCUCCUCCUCCCACUGGCCUGGGGAAGAAUGAUCUCAGUAGGUGCUGAGCAGACCAUCUCAUUAAUUCACAUGGGUCAAUGGGCCCUAACCUUCGAAGCAUCCAGACCCUGGAGCUGGUUACCUCUUCUCAGAACUGUGCGUGUGGCCAGAUUCCAGUCCUGUCUUGCCCUGCUUCACUGGUCUGCAGCCUCAGACGCCACCUGCUGCCUUAGUAGAGUAGGAAGUGAGAGGGACCACUGCUGGUACUGCCUUGGGCUGUGGUCAGGACCACCCUUCUUAGGAGGAAAACCCCCAGAUUGUAGGCCUGAAUGCUGAAGGCCCAGACCAAACCCCUCUCCCACCUGCUGACAGAGCCUGAAAUCAUAGCAUCAGGCCUCCUUCCUCAGCUGGGGGCAGGAGGACUUCAGAUCCUGUCUGGGAGCCCAGCUGCUAGGGAGGAAGAGUGUACAUGGGAUGAGGGUCCCAGGCAGUGGCCCUAGAUGGAUGUUAUGAGUGAAAAACAUGGGAACUGGGGACGGGACAGUGGCUCCCUGGAGUUUCCCUUACUGCCAACCCCAACUGAAGGUCAUCAUUUGUCCCAUCUGUGUUCCCUCGCCCUCCACAGGCACACCAGGAGAUAGUCUCUAUACCUCAGGGCCCACUUUGCG